GGCGCGUGAGUGGCGGCUGCUUCUCUCCGUCUCCUCAGUGCUGCGGCUUCUCCCUGCCGCACGGCGCCGGCUCUGACAGCCGCUGGUGCUGCCGCUCUCCGACUGCCCCCUCGCUCCAGGGUGCCGCGGGGGGGUGCCCAGCAGCCCAGCCAUUGCCCGGGCUCUGCAAUGCCGCCGGCCAGUGGCGGCUCCGCAGCCCUGGCUGCCCCCCCACCCCUAGCGCGCUUCUAACGCGGCCGCGGAGCGGGCUAGCUCGGUGUUGUCGCCUCCGCCCCGAGGGGCGAGAGGAAGCCGGGCCACGUCUGGCUGAGGUUUGCAACAUGCAAGAGACCCUGGGAAGAUACACCGAAGACUUGUAACUAUUUUGCUCCUGGGAAGGGCCAUCACAUCCAUUCUAUCAAGACUGAGCUCAGUGGUAGUUCUUUCUCCACACUGAUAAUAUAAAUUCUAUUUUUCAAUGCAUGGAAUUUGUGUCAGCAGGAUUGAACCAGGACAGUGUCCCGAAUGUGGAGGUCCAGAGAAGGCAAGCACUGUGACUUCUGAAGUAAGCCAGCAACGCCCUGAAAUUCUUGGUUUUUCUCAGAUACUCUUAUUACUUGACUGAAUCUUUCUGCAGAUACCUAUUCUGAAAUACUUUGACUUGGAGCAAACAGCAUUGUGCUCUGAAAGCUUGAGAUGGCUCUGACUUCUCCAAAACCUGUAGUAGGGGAUUUGACACAAAGAGAAGAACUCGUGCCCCAUGAUGGAAACUGUUUCCACUUCCUCUCUGCAAACAUCAUCACAAUAGUGGAAAGAUGUAUGAGUUCCAUGCAAGCUGGUACCCAAAUGAUCAAACUCCGUGGCGGUUCCAAAGGGCUGGUCCGCUUCUAUUACUUGGAUGAGCACAAGUCAUGUAUUCGCUGGAGACCCUCUCGAAAGAAUGAGAAAGCCAAAAUUUCUAUCGACUCUAUUCAGGAGGUUUGUGAGGGGAAGCAAUCAGAGAUCUUUCAGCGCCAUGCCGAUGGUAGUUUUGAUCCCAACUGCUGCUUCAGCAUCUACUAUGGUGACCAUAUGGAGUCUCUUGACCUGGUAUCUUCCAGUGGAGAGGAAGCACGCACCUGGAUCACAGGGCUAAAAUACCUGAUGGCAGGGAUCAGUGAUGAAGACAGCCUCUCAAAACGCCAAAGGACCAGAGACCAGUGGUUGAAGCAGACAUUUGACGAGGCAGAUAAAAAUGGUGAUGGCAGUCUGAGUAUUAGUGAAGUGCUCCAGCUAAUGCACAAGCUGAAUGUGAACCUCCCCCGGCAAAAAGUCAAGCAAAUGUUUAAGGAGGCUGAUACGGAUGAUAACCAGGGCACGCUGGGCUUUGAUGAGUUCUGCGCCUUCUAUAAGAUGAUGUCAACACGACGUGAUUUGUACCUGCUAAUGCUCACCUACAGCAACCACAAGGACUACCUAGAUGCAGAUGACUUGAGACGCUUUCUGGAGACUGAACAGAAGAUGACAAAUGUGACUAAAGAACACUGCCUGGAAAUCAUCAGCAAGUUUGAACCGUGCCUGGAGAACAAGAAGGAGGGAGCUCUGGGGAUUGAUGGUUUCACCAAUUACAUGCGGAGUCCAUCAGGGGACAUAUUCAACCCAGAACACUACCAAGUGAAUCAGGACAUGAGUUACCCUUUGAGUCACUAUUUCAUUACCUCUUCACAUAAUACCUACCUCAUGGGAGAUCAACUGAUGUCCCAGUCUAGGGUGGACAUGUAUGCAUGGGUGCUACAAUCUGGCUGUCGUUGUGUAGAAGUUGACUGCUGGGAUGGGCCGGACGGUGAACCAAUUGUCCACCAUGGAUACACUUUGACUUCCAAAAUUCUCUUCAAAGAUGUGAUUGAAACUAUCAACAAAUAUGCCUUUACCAAGAAUGAGUACCCUGUUAUCUUGUCAAUUGAGAACCAUUGCAGUGUCAUUCAGCAGAAGAAGAUGGCUCAGUAUCUUACAGAAAUUCUGGGAGACAAACUAGAUCUGUCUUCGGUGCACAAUGAUGAUUCUACCAAGCUUCCUUCACCCGCAAGUCUAAAAGGAAAGAUCUUGGUUAAGGGGAAGAAACUUCCAGCCAACAUCAGUGAUGAUGCAGAGGAAGGUGAAGUUUCUGAUGAGGACAGCGCUGAUGAGAUCGAUGAUGACUGUAAAAUAAUGAAUGGAGAUGCAUCUACGAAUAGGAAAAGAGUGGAGAAUAUAGCAAAGAAAAAACUUGAUUCACUGAUAAAAGAAUCCAAAAUCCGCGAUUGUGAAGAUCCAAACAAUUUUACAGUUACCACUCUACCAUCAUCAGGAAAGGCUGGUCUAAAAUCAGAUAGUAAGAAGAAUAAAUUUGAGGAUGAUGUGGAAUCUGGGGAAGACUUCAGUACCAAUAAAAGGCACAGCCGGUCAUUGAUGGGCAGUUUUUCUAAACGCAAGAAAAAAGGAAGCAAAUUGAAAAAGGCAACAAGUCUGGAAGAGGGUGAAGAUGAUUCGGAUUCUCAAGGAAAUUUAGCAAGGAGCUCUGUACAUUACGGCAGGAUAAACCGACAGAAGAAAACAAUGAAGCUGUCCAGGGCACUCUCUGACUUGGUGAAAUACACAAAGUCUGUUGGCAUCCAUGAUGUUGAAACUGAAAUCUCUUCCAGCUGGCAGGUUUCAUCUUUCAGUGAAACAAAAGCCCACCAGAUACUGCAGCAAAAGCCAGCACAGUAUCUACGUUUCAACCAGCAUCAGUUGUCCCGCAUCUACCCAUCUUCUUAUCGUGUGGACUCUAGCAACUACAAUCCCCAGCCAUUCUGGAAUGCUGGCUGCCAGCUUGUUGCACUAAACUACCAGUCAGAGGGGAGAAUGCUGCAACUGAAUCGGGCCAAAUUUAGUGCCAAUGGGAAUUGUGGCUAUGUCCUCAAACCAAACUGCAUGUGUCAAGGUGUCUUUAAUCCAAAUUCUGAAGACCCACUGCCUGGUCAAUUGAAGAAACAGCUGGUUCUAAGAAUUAUCAGUGGUCAACAACUCCCAAAACCACGUGAUUCCAUGUUGGGAGACAGAGGAGAGAUCAUAGAUCCAUUUGUUGAAGUAGAAGUUAUAGGCUUACCUGUUGAUUGCUUCAAAGAACAAACUAGAGUAGUUGAUGAUAAUGGUUUUAACCCAAUGUGGGAAGAAACGUUGGUGUUCACAGUACACAUGCCAGAGAUUGCACUGAUUCGAUUCCUUGUGUGGGAUCACGAUCCAAUUGGGCGUGAUUUUAUUGGACAGAGAACAAUAGCUUUCAGCAGUAUGAUGCCAGGUUACCGACAUGUGUACCUGGAAGGUAUAGAAGAGGCAUCCAUCUUUGUUCAUGUGGCUAUUAACGACAUCUGUGGUAAGGCCAAACAAGCUCUAGGUCUAAAAGGCCUGUUUCUCAGAAAUCCAAAGCAGGCCUCUCUGGACAGUCAUGCUGCUGGGCAGCUCCAUCGCAAACAUUCCUUUAGCAGCCACAUCUUGAGACGGACAGCCAGCGCACCCACCAAAAGCCAGAAGAAGAGCAAGAAGGGCUUUCCUGAAAUUGCUUUUGACACAAAAGACAACAGCUCGGAAGGAGCCGGUGAAGACCGUGAAGUGGAAGCUGCCUCACAGCCUCGCUUUGAGCAAGAGCCAGAAAGUCCUUCUCUGUCACCAGCUCCCAGAGAUGGUGCCAGUGGGGAGGUACAUGGCAAGGGGUUGAAAGGUAAGGCCCAUGGUUCUCGUAAAGCCAAAAGCCACAGUCGUGCUCAAGGGGGUGCUGCUUUCAGUGAACCCAUACAGAGGUCUAACAGGGUCCGGCUUCAGGAGCACCAGAGUGAGAAGCAAAGCGUCUUUGCACGCUGUGCCAUCAACAGCUCUGGUAGGAUUGGAGUGGCCACCAAUUGCAUGAAAUGCAUGAUUGGUUCCAAAGAAAGCCCAGAUCUAGAAUGCAAGUGGAGUGACCAUCCUACCAGGCCUAUUGCUAAAGAUAUACUUCACCACGAUCAGUAUAGCAGUAUAACUGGAGAAGAGAGGUUAGAGCUAAAAACCUGGGCUGUUAAAAGUCAGCCCAGGCGGCAAUCAGAUUUGCAGUCUUGCAGCAUCCCUGGAACUGCCGAUGAUCUAACAAGGAGCACCCAGUCUUUUGUGACCCCAGGGAAGAAAAAUGUUGAAUCUAAAUGUCACGGAAUAAAGGCUCAUUCCCGGCAGCGGUGGCAGUGCCAAUCAGGUGGCAAGUAUGGAAGCACUGUCAACUUGGUCGCAGCCAGCAAUGGCUCUAUAUCCUCCAACUCCAGCAGUCUAGAAAGCCUUGGAAGCCCAGAAUUCCCCAAGCGCUGCUCUGAAACUUCUCGAAGGCAAGUGGGCACCCUACAGAGGGAAAUGAAUGCCUUGUUCGUUCAAAAAUUGGAGGAAAUUCGAAGUAAAUCCCCUAUAUUCUUUACUGAUGUCUGCCAUUUCUCAAUACAGAGGUCAGUCACUUCUUUAUGCAGCCUAGAAACUAUCACUGAAGAGCCUGUUAUUGCCAAUGAAAACCAUCAUGCCAGCCUUUUCUUCCCUCUACCCAUUACUCCUUACAGUGAUUCUGAAGAAGGGUCUGUGUCUGAUCAUUCCACUGAAUCUCAAUUGGAAUUAAGCAGCACAUCCAACCAGCCUCAAGAAUCUCUACUCGCUAGAGAACAAAGAACUAAUCUGGCUGCAGAAGACCAAGUGCAGAUAGUCGCAAGAGCAAUUGACACAAGUGUAGUGGUCCAAGAAGAUGAGAGGACAAGCACGGCAGGAUAUCUCAAAGAAGAAGAUGGUUGGACGCAGGCAUGCAGUAAAGAUGAAGAUCAGUGCAGAUUGGCAGUGCAUCCUCAAAAAGCCUGGCUGGUAGCGGCACCAGGUAAGACUGCUGGCCAACCUGUUGAAAACUGCCAGAAGCAAAAUGACCAACCAGGUCAGGUAUUAACAGACAUGAAAAGCACCAUUGAAUCUAAAGCCCAAAACCUUAGUGCAGCAGCUGUUCUGCCGCAGCAAAACAAUGUGGUUAACAGCACACAGAAAACUUUGCCACCAGAUACUUUGCAGAAAGCCCAGGCUGCACAGGCUCUACCUGCUUCUGCGUCUCAGACGAGCUCUUACAUGUUAGUAAGAAGGUCAAAGAAUGAAGGACUGAAGGUGUCAGACUCCUCAGCCUUAAUAAAAAUUCCAAGUAGCCUGUCUCCAGCAGCAGAAGUAUACUUUGAUGCCACUAUUAAUGACCGGAUCUGGAGCAAGCUAGAUUGCAGCAAUCAUCGUGACAGCAUGUCUUCCUCUUCCAGCAUGUCCUCCAAUGACACUGUGAUAGAUCUCUCUCUGCCCAAUCUAGCUCGCAAAAGCCUCCCAGAUCUUGGCAUGCGGCAUGAAAAUUUUGAGCCCCUUGCCAUAAGAAAGGGUAUGCGCCCACGAUCUGCUACAACAUCUGGUAACGAGAUGCCAGUGGUGAGCAAGAGCAAAUCCAAUCCUAACCUGAGGUCUGGCCAGCUGCCAGCAGAUGAAUUGUGCCCCCGUCCUCUUGCCAGGAGUCCUCAAGAUACAUUCUCAUCCAUUCCUAGAAGGCAUACCUGGAGCAGGCUGUACAUAGAAAGCCUCAGACAGUCUUCUAACAAAUCCAAAGCACAGGAUAUGGUUGGGAAUAACCAGGCAAAAUCCAAAAGUCUUGGAGACCUUACCUCUGAUGAUAUUGUGUGCACUUUUGAAAGCAAAUACCGUAGCAUCAGCAGAAGUUUUGUCACUCGAUCAAUGCGGGAGCAGCGCCGCUCUUCAAGCCUGAGAUCUUCAGUCAAGUCCCAGGAUGAAUUGACUGAGCAGCUAAAGAAGCUGACAGCCUUUCAGCAGGAAAAUGAUAUCACUUCCCCUAUCAGUCUUGAUCCAACUGAAUCUGAAGAGGAAGGGGAAAGCUUGGGACUCCUUCGCAGGUCUUCAUCUCGCAGUCAGAGUCGGGUGCGGUACAUUGCCAACAGGGCUAAGCAAGCUCAGGAGAGACAGCGGCUGCAAAGCCUAGGCCAGCUCAGCGGGAGUCCCAUUGAGGAGAGAGGAAAUCCAGAGGGAGCCUGCAGCGUUGCAAAAGCAGUUUGUAUGGAUAUAGCUUCUCCUGCUGUGUUUACAUCCCAGCCGAAGAACCAAACUGAUUAUAACACUGACACAGAAGUCUUCUUUAUGCUAAAACUGUAAUUCUGGGCAGCACUGAUAAGGCAAUGUUUACAUUCCUGUCAAAACAAAACUUAGUGACCUGAGAGGCACAAAAUAUCCUCAUAUGGCUUGGUGCUUCCUGGCCUUCCCUUGAGUGGAAGGUACUUAAUAUCAUGACUCCAAAAGAAUAGCCGAGUGUUAAAUUUGUCAGCAGUUUGUGGAAAUGGAACAAUCAAGUGAAAUUGGAGACAUGUUUUUACAGUCCUAAUGAUCUGACCUCCUUUAUUUUUUAAUUACACUUUUCCCAGCCUCAAAUUUGGUCUCCUUUGUGUGUGACCACUUAUUUGCAUUUGCAGUUUGCUCUGUGCAAGUCUCAUGUUCUUUACUAAUUUCAGUAAUUGCUUCUUAUAAUAGGUAAACAUUUAUGCAAUGUUAACGACAGCUAAGGUAAAUUUUGCUCUUACAAAUUGUGGAUCCAUGAAAUGAGGCUGGAUUUAAAAUCAUGCUCCCUGUUCUGUUUUAUUUUUUUGGAAGAGUCUGAUGCCUCUGAGGGUGUCUUCUCUGGGAAAAUAAGUCAAAACUGCAGUGUAGUUGUUUCAUCAAUUAACAAUGUAGUAGAUAAAGUCCAUCUUCCAUCAUGGACCUGUUUAUUUCAGUGAAAAUCCAUAUUGUCCCACUCUUUGAAGAAGAACUCCCACUGUGUUCCAAAGCAAUGCUUUUUUUAAACCAAGCUUGUUUAUAUAUAUAAAUAUAUAUGUACAUCUGUGUGUAUGCAAAUAUAUGUCUGCACAUGUAUGUACACAUGCACACACUUAAACUGAACUGUGACUGUUCCUCGUCUCAAAACAUAAUCUGUGGGAAUGAGACAGGAGAGAGAAGGGAAUUACUAAAACCAGACAGGAAAUGUCUUCUGACUUUAAUUCAGAAAUGGCUAAAAAGCAUGCUAGCUUUUCUCGAAUACAGCACCAUCCCUUCUUUAUGGUAUUUUAACAAUGCUGCUGUACAUAGCACUUUUUGGAUGAAUUUUACUAUUUCUGUAUUGCACUGCCAUGCAAAAUUUUCAAUGGCAUGUUUUAAAAAAAAGAGAUAUUUAAUUUUUUAGAUGGACAUAUUUAGACUUAAAUACCCACCUAAACAGAAUAAUAAUUUUUCCUCCCCAUUUUUUUUUACUUUUUAUUUUUAGGGAUGUGCGUGUGUCCCCCAGUAAUUAUGCCAUUUAUUAUAGAUGUACAUUUUAUCAGUGAUGGAGAAGAAUGUUUACUGAGAUGCAUUUUAAAGAGAAACAGAGGUUUAAUUUUAUUUCAGGCUACAUAGAGUCCCUAUUAUUGAGAGGAUAUUUUGCUUUUGUUUGUAAUGACUCUUUUGUGUAUACUGCAAAAUCUAAAUAUUUGUUUGUAAAACCACCUUACACUACUAAAAUAAAUAUAUUUA